GUUGGAGGUUGGAGGUUGGAGAGGUCGUGCAGGAUGCUGUAUAAAUAUGAUCGCUGCCACUUGGAGUCAAUCAAUCAGCCCAUCUCCUUCCAUCAGCUAUUCCCGAUCUCCAUCUCUGUUGCUGUUGUUCUGCUACACGCCCAAGACUUCAGUUCUUACGGCGGGAAGCUAAAAAUACCGCCCAGCCUCGAGCAGCAAAUCAGCGGCCGCGCGCAGCAGUCGUUCGCUGGUUCCCGACGGGGAUUGUGACUGGUUCAGCCCGAAUUAAUUUGUUGCCCCCCGCCCGGUGGAGGAGGAGCAGCCAUGGAGUGAAUGAAUGAAUCCAUCUCGAGUCUGUUUCCAGUUUCCACGGGAAACCUCCACGCCGCCGCAGCCAAUCGUUGGCCUGGUAAUUCGCGGUCAGUGACACCUCUGGACUCUGAUACUUGCCUGUCCAUCGUCCGCUUCCUCCGUCAUCCAUCGCCUUUCCCCUCCUCGGCGCCCUCUUCAUUAUUCCCUUCCUUCCUUUCCCUCCCUCUCUCUUCUUUCCCUCCUUCCCCCUUCAUCCCGCCUCCGUCAAUUGAAUUCACAAUUCCUUUGAUUCUUACCCUUCCCUUCCCCUUUGACUUUCCUGUAUUCCGAUCUCCCCAGAGUCGCGCUGCCACCGCGUCAUGUGCAGUGGGAGGGUCUAGCCCCCGCCGCCUGGUCAGCCAUCCGCAUCAUCAGCAUCCUCCUCGCCCUCAUUCCUCCGUCUGCAGCCGUCCAGCCAUUCGGUCAUCUCUUCCCCCUCCUCCCUCCUCUCGGCCAUUGUCCGCCACCCAAGAAAAUAAAAGGAUUAUCCGCCACGAACCCGACCCCGGGGACGCAUCGCCCUUAUAUUAUUAUUUUAUAAUCAUUAUAGCUAUUAUAAUUAUUAUAGACUAAAGCUCCCGUUGUUUCUCCUGCACCACCUUUUCAGUUGUCAGUAGUACUAGUACUCGGUACGGUACUGCUGCUGCUACUGCGACUGCGACGACUUAAAUCCUGCUACUAGGGACGAGGACCAAAGGACUAGUGGUGGUACUUCCC